CACGUUUUGCGCAUUCAGCGUCUCGACGAGGUUGAUGACCAGCGUACAUUCGAGGUCCGAUGUAAAUCUUGAAACAAACGUCAGAUUUCUGCCCAAUUUGCUUAAUCAUGGACGAAUGCCCUCCAGAAUACAUGACAUUAUACUCUGAGUUUGCUAUAUGGCAAAUCAGAAAUCCUGGAAAGAUUAGAUGCAGUGGGGAAAGCUUGACAGAAGAUGGUCGUCUCGUUAUGAAUUUAUCUAUUGGUGAUACCAAAUUCAAUUUAUUAUGUCCUCCAAACUAUCCAGAUUAUGAAGACAGCUUUUUUAUGGAAACAGAAUGUACGGAUUUCUGGUGUAUCGCACUAAACGAAUUUAUUAUUGACUCACCAGAAAAAUUGACCAUUGAUACUAUUCUGGCAAAAGCUUGUCUCUAUUAUACUCCAUCCUCAAAAAAAUCCUCUGAGAGCUCAGACAAUGAAUCUGAGAACGAAAACGAGUGGGAAAAUGAUCGAGAACAAGCAGACAGCUAUCAGUGCAGCAUAGAUGAUUUGGAGACGACUGAAGCUGCUGCAGAAUGGGAAUGCAUAAUUUCUAAAAAGAAGAGGGACUGGAGGGCAAAAGAGGGAGAGUUAAGACUGAAAUACAAUCGCCCAAAAAUAUCUGAUAUGUUUGAUGGUAAAAUAAUGGAUCAUCCCCAACAAGUUUUCAGUAACUCAGCAGCUUCAGCGAUUUUAAUAAACGAUUUGAUUAACAUAAUGCGUGGCAGGAACUCCAGCGGUAUAAUUGUUGAUCCUGUCGAGAAUGAUAUUUGCAAAUGGUCCGUUAUCCUGAAAGGAUUUGAUCCGGCAUCUAAAAUGUCAGAAGAUUUAGCAGAGAUUAGAGAACUAUAUGGAUAUGAUCAUGUGCAGCUACAACUGGAUUUUGCAAUGGAUUUGUAUCCCUUACAACCCCCACUAAUAAGGGUUCUUAGACCAAAGUUACUUGGUGUAUUUGAUGGGAAAGAAAUUAUAAAAUUGGCCAACUGGAGCCCGGCUAGAGACAUGACCUCUGUACUCAAAGAAGUCAAAAAUUAUAUCAGUGCUAAAGCCUCUGUAGAUAUGAACAAUAAAUGGAACGGUGUCAAAGUAGGAGUCAUUGAACAAAUUUUGGGAGAAUUAGCUGAUAUUCUGGAUGUUGAUCACAAACCCACAUCAAAUAAGACCACUUUCUACUCAACCAGCCAGGCUACAGCAAUUGAAAUGAUUCUGACAAAUCUGUUGAAUUAUUUGAAAAAUGUCGGGGAAAAUUCUCAACCGAACUGUGUUGUUACCAACAUUUGCUCGACUGAUUCAUACUUCACAUUCAAUCUUGCUCCGAAUAACAUUUUUUUUUGCGAUAAAAACUUGGCGGUACAGUCUGAGGCAUCAACUCCUCCUCCCCCGAUAUUUAAAGCCUUCAAUCGACUUUUGGGAAAUCAAAAAUCGGGGACUCGAAAUCACUGCGCCCAUUACGGAAAGAUGGAUUUGCCGGACGGCAAAAGCUACUGUAAUAUUAUUACUAAUCCGUCAUUUGAACUUAGUUCUCCAUCACAGAAUGAAGCUGAACUAGAAUAUGAAAAAUAUUCCGUCAAUAAUAUUCGUCUCAAUGAACUCGUUAAAAAAAAUACAUCCAGUGGUUCGCAGGAUAAAAACUCAGUUGAUAUUCUACAGGCUAACGUUACCUCGAACGCUACUGUUGUGUCCAGCUUCAAUUCUUAUGCUCAGAAUUUUGAAGAAUUAUCUCGCUCGAUUGAUCCUGCAGUUCAAGUGUUGAACGCAAAUAUGACUUGCAUCCACAAAAUACUCAAAGAAUCUGUAUUGCCUAUGUUUAUUCGAUCUAAUCUAGCAAUAAGCGGAUUUUUUGAUAUAUGGCAAAUUACGUCGCAAUUUUCGAAAAUUAUUCAAAUUAUAAUCGAAUUGGCAUCAAACCCAUAUCUAAUCGAUUUAUUGACAACUUCCGAAGGGCAAGAUCAGAGCAUAGCUGAAAUAUUAAAAAUUCAGAAGGAAAAUGUUACGCUAAUUUUGGAAAACCUCACGCAUAUAGCGGAUGGAUGUCCUAUGAACCAAGUAAAUUUGGGUAAAGUAAAACUGGCAAGGGAUAUAAUAGUUGCUUCAAAAUUGAUAGAAUCAAUGACGACAAAGCACUGUGAUACACAUCAUUCUGACAGAACAUCCUCAGCACUCAUUGAUUCGACUCUGGUUCGUAGCUCUAGACAACAUGUAGUCGAAUACGAUGAUUCCGUUUAUAAGGACUCUUUGAAAGAACUUCAAUUCAGUAACUUUGAUAUCGCGGUCGAAACUCACGAUUUUAAAAAUGAUUUCAUCGCGGACAUUGACUCACCUAGAGAUUACUUUCGAAUUGCUCAAGAGAUCGCAGAAUUGUCAAAAUUCCUCCCUCUGGAAUCGAGUUCUGCGAUAUUCGUGAGAACAGAUCAUUCAAAAUCAUCCUUAAUGCAAGCAUUAAUUACUGGCGCUGAGGGUACUUUUUACAGCGGAGGAUGCUUCAGUUUUGACAUUUAUCUGCCAAAGGAUUAUCCUAGUUGUGGACCGAAAAUUAGCUGCACCACCUUUCGUGGCGGAAAAAGAAUCUGGUAUUCUGACAAUGCCACGACGUCUCCGUUACUAUUUGGCUUGAAUACAGAACCGUGGACCGGAAUCCCAAGUAUUUUGCAGGUUCUAACUUUCAUUCAAAAAGAGAAACUGCCUUACUUAUUUGGUCAAAAUGAGAUUAACAUGGACUUAGAGGACAGAUCAGGAAUUCGUGAUGAAAUAUUAACAAACGUUAUACAGUUUACCAUGAUUAAUCAAAUACGUGAACCAAUAUGCGGAUUUGAAGAUGUUAUAUCAACUCAUUUCCGCAUGAAAAAAGACCAAAUUCUUUCAGAACUCGAGAAAUAUAAAUGUCUAAGAAACUCCGAGAUACUGGGUUCUUUGAAGGAUGUGUUUGACAAUCUAUCUGCCGCCGUAUAAAAACAAGAAAAAGAAAUACAGAAAGUGCCCUCAACUCCUUGUGCGUAUUACUAGUAUAGUAUUUUUUGUCACUGUAUCGUAAUAAGCAGAGCUUUAAUUUUUUUCGUAGAUACUUACCAUUGGAUAUACCUUGUUAAAUAAUUCCUUGUGCUAAUCUUUAAGUACGCGAUUAUAUUUUGAUAAAUACUGAAUGUAAUCCUCGAAAUUUUAUAAAUAUGUAUUAAAAAAAAAAGUCUCCAUCAAUAAGUUGGAAAA